AUGUUCAUACGGUUGGAAAAAAACCUGAAGAACAUACCCUCUUUAGCGUCUUCUGGCCAUGCUUUUUCAGGGCCUACUGGAAUUCGCCUCUCCAGUCCCCUGACGAUAGGAUUAGGAAAAGUUCCACUUCCAAUUGUGGAAGAGGAUGAGAAUGAGGCGGGUUCUACUGCGACAGCAUCGAUUUCUCCAGCCACCCCUUCGAAUGCAGUGGCAGCUUUGCCUGGAAUAGCGACCUCUUCUGCUCUUUCUCGAAGUUUUCGUGAUAAUCAAAAUGCUUCUGACUGGCUUUUAGCUUCCAGACAGAGGACUGGAGAGCAAAGAAAAGAGUUGAAUGAAAAUGUUUUUUUAAUGGCAUCUUCGAAUAAAGAAGAACGGGAUGAGGAAGAUGUCUUAGUAGAAGAGGGCUAUACUUCUCUAAGAAGGGCUUGCUUUUUUGAGUAG